CAUGCGGUUGCAUCCGAAUUCUUUGCUCAAUGCGAAUCAUUAUCUUUGCCACGUCGACAGAAUGGCGACAAACGAGCUGAUGAAUCCAAUAACGCAAUGGAAAUACAUCGGACUUUAUCACUGAAUAUCGAUUUGCACAUCGAUCGAUCGCGUGUAUCGUUGGAGGAGUUGCUGGGUGACGGACAAUUCGGUAAUGUCUACCGUGGUACUUACACUCAAGAGGUACGCACUGUUUGGGUGAACAUACGGCAUCCGCCGAGUGUUUAUAGCGCCUAA